AUGUCCCGCCCACGCAAGACAACCACCACCACCAAAACCGACCCCAAAAAGCCAAACCCAGUCCCAACUCCAACUCCAGCGCCCGUACCAGUCGCCUACUCCGAUGCCUACUUUACGAAAAUGCGUGCUUUUGUCAUGACUCCCGAGAGCCUAAAGAUUGAGGGAUACAAGUUGGAGAAUCUAGGGAAGGAUGAAAUCUUGGGGUUUAGGAGAUGCCGGGAUUGUCAUGCUAGGAUACGGACAAGAAAGUCGGUGAAGAAGGAUGAGAAGAAGAAAGCUGAGGAUGGGGAUGGGGACGGUGAGGGCGGUGGAGGUGAAGGAAAUGAAAAGAGGGACAGGCGCAGGGGAAAGAGUAGGAAAGAAUCGGGGGAAAAGGACAAAGGUGAGAAUGCUAUGCAGGAGAUCGAUGGAUCAACAGUUACGGACGAAAAGACGGAUGACGCGGAGAAUGACGAGGACAACGAGGAUAGGAAGGAUGGGGGUGUGCGGGUGACGGUGACCGUGCGAGAGGUGACUGACGAGACGGGCAAGGGCGAAAAAAGUGAAGCGGCCGGAGAUAAACAGGGCAAGGAAAAAGGAGGCAAGAAAAGGAAAACAGCCGUCUGUCAGUUUCAUACUGGUCGGGUUAUGGACAAGCACUUUACCUGCUGUCAGGAGCAUGUUUCAACCCCCGGUUGUGUCGAGAUGGAUCGACAUACGCCCGUGGAAUAUGCCAAAGGAGAAUUGGAAACGGAAUGGAUGCUCUACGCGACACCUACAAAGCCAAUGAAAUGGUGGGAUCCCCGGAUGGCGGUGGCCUUGGACUGCGAAAUGGGGGUAUCAAUCUACGGCGAGCCGGAGCUAGUGCGGAUCAGCCUGGUGGAUUUCUUCACGGGUGAGAUCCUGAUAGACUCGCUGGUGUAUCCACGUGUACGGUUACAACAUCUCAACACUCGAUACUCCGGGGUAACCCGGGGGAUGCUCGAGACGGCGCGAAAACGGAAGCAAUGUAUAAUGGGCGGGCGGGAUGCGGCGCGCGCACUGGUGUGGCGGUAUGUCGGACGGGAGACGAUCGUUGUGAUGCAUGGGGGUCAGAGUGAUAUGAUGGCGUUACGAUGGAUUCAUGAUCGAGUGAUUGAUACGUUUGUAGUUGAGGGGUGGCGACGGUCUGCUGCUGCUGCUGCUGCUGCCGAGGCCAAGAAGAGUGAAGCAGAGCCGGAAAAGAAGGAAGGAACCCCAGGCGGACGAUCGUUGAAGCAUCUGACGGAAACGAUCCUGGGGGCGCAGAUUCAACAGGGGCGCGGCGGACAUGACAGCGUGGAAGAUGCGAUGGCGUGUCGGUGGUUGGCGGAUUGGUAUGUGCGAACAGGACUGGGAUGA